AUGGAAUGCAUAACGGCCCUAGCGGCUAAAGGCGUCGCUGUGUUGAAAGAGAAGCCCGUUGCCAUGGAGGAGUACGAUUGGAUGUUGAAUUUCCUGGUGCCGAUUGGAAUCGCUUUUCAGAAGCGCUUUGAGCCGCACUUUCUACAUUUCCGAAGUCUGUUCCCGCUUGUCGGGCGCGUUGCCGCCGUUGAAGCGAGCCUUGCAUUGAAUAUUACAAAUCUCGAAGAGACAUGGAGAGCGCUCUGGGGUUGGGGUUACGGGGGACCUCGGAUGCCACAUGCUCGACAUCCUCGUGUGGUUAUUUGGGCUGCCGACUUCGGUUAUGGCGCACCAAGUCUCAUCUGCCAUGUACGUCUGUCGCGAGUCGCUCAUCGAUCAUCUCAGUACAUCUCCGUUUCCGGGACCGAUGGGACGCUCACACUUGACGGGCAUGAAAUCACACAGUACGACACGCAAGGCCGUGAGACAUUGAACGUCAAGCACCAACCUACGAAUAAACAAGUCAUUCAUUCCAUGGCCCAAGAAUUUGGUGACUAG